AUUUCACUUUUACAUAUUUAAAAACAGCAGCGUUCCAGGUAAAUAAACAAAGACCAUUUACGGGGGCAGGAACAGGCAUAGCAGGCGAGGAAACAUCAAUACAUCCGCUUCGGAGCUUACCAGUGCGCACAAUAUAAACAUUUACAGACAGAAUAGCAAUUGAAAACUGUGCAAUGAACAUUGAUAAUGGCCAGGCACCUGUCGGAUUGAGCAUCUCUCGGAAGACAUACGAAUAUGCGCUACACGAAGACCCUCACCUGUCCUUGGCCCCACCGUCCGAGAAUGGCGAAACAUUGCUAACGCGCGGGCGGUUCAGAUAUUUUCAUUACGGAUGUGACGGGCACCAGGACGCGGGCUGGGGCUGCGGCUAUCGCACUUUGCAGACGGCCAUCUCGUGGAUUAUAAAUAAACGCAGCGAUGCGGAUCAGCAUGUGCCCUCGAUACGGGAGAUUCAGAAUAUAUUGAUUAGUCUGGGGGACAAGCCAGCCAGCUUUGAGGGUUCCCGCGGCUGGAUUGGCACCCUGGAGGAGUUCUACGUGAUCGAUGUGCUCUUCCAGUUGCCCUGCAAGAUCCUACACACGAAGGAUUUCUGCUCCCAGGAAGUGCUCAGCCAGAUUCGCAGCUACUUUGUGGAAUACGAGGGCUUCAUUCCUAUGGGCGGCAUAAGUGAUACGGCCUCCAAGGGCAUAGCCGGGUGGCAUCGGACGCAGACGGGCGAGGUCUAUCUGCUGAUUGUGGAUCCCCAUUGCUCGGACGUGCCCAGCUACAAGCAGCAACUAAUUGACCAGGGCUUUGUCCGUUGGAUGCACACCAGCGAGUUCCAGACGAGCACGUACAAUCUUUGCCUCAUACUGCAGCAGUAGGCUCUGCAUA